GCCAAAAAUUCAUAUAGAUUCUACCUAAGUUUCAGCCCCUGCGGUGUUUCUCGCUAGUCUCCAUUUACCAAACUGACCUGUCAGUGGUUCAGAAAGAGCUAGUGUGUAUUGCUGACCUUUAUCAGCUGUAACUAAAACAGCCAGCUCCUCUGCUGUUUUAAACCACCGAGCCCUGCCUCUCCAGCUGCUCACCACGCCUGGGAGGAGUACCCAAGGAAAACCUUGGUUUCUCUGACAUGGUGCAAGAGAUGCGGAAGGGAAGCACAUUCUCAGACUUUCACCUUAAUUUACAAACCUUUGCAUUCUCUCUCUUUUUAAUUUGUGCUUAAUUUGGGCAUGGACCAAACCCCUAGCUCUGCAGCGUUUCCCCUGUACUUUGAUUCAACAUUCAAAUGCUCAUGAAGCAGGUUCACGUCGAGGUUCGUCCCUUUGUUCUCAGAGGUUUGCCUGGCUGCUGCCUUUUGCUAUCUUUUCUGCCUCUAAGAAAAACUGAUGUUAUCUUCUAAAGAGAAAACCGAAGACUCUUUGCAGCUGAGGAUUUCCUGUGUGCCUAUCCCCAGCCUGUGCAGUGACGGCGAGGAGUGGCUGUACGUGGCUGCACUUCUUCGGAGAGCUUGAAGAACAGUCCUUUCACAGAAGCUGAAGAAAUCCCCAGCUGCUGGUGCCUUUGAUAUCAGAUAAAGGUCAACCUGUCUCGGAGAAAGCGUGAUCGGAAAUGCCUCACACCAUCCUUCACUUUCUCUUCCUUACCCUGAGAUGAUUCACCGUACCUUUCGGGGUAUGCCUUCACCACCGCACCUACGGUUUUCACUUCAGCUCUUCCGAAUAGCUUUGCUGCAUCUCAUGCCCCAGCCAGCUUAAGCCAGGACCGCCGAGAUUUUCAAUGAGAUGAUAAGAAACUAUCCACAAUGCUUAUUAUUACAGUAAUAUUUAAUAGCUUUGUUAUUGUUGUUGUUGUUGAUUGAUUUUGCUGUUUGGUGGGGGGGGGGGGGGUUGAUAUAUAUAUAGGCCUACUAGUAUAAGUGUUAAAAAUUGAGUUACGCCGGUCUUAUCCCAACAGGCACAUCUUGUUUCCUUGCACUGAGAGUUGCUGAGGCCCCCCGAGCACGCUGUGGGUCCUGAGCCUCCAGAUGCUGACACCCACAAAGUUCCGCCUGGCACAACGUCAAAGCUGCUGAUGCCAACGCUUUUGGGAGCUGCAGGCUCCAGUUGUUUCUCCCAACACCCCCCUCUGCGAGGUUACCGCUGCACGGCUCGGCGCGGGAAGUACAUGACUUACACUUUCUAUAGGAUUUCAGAUGCAUGCCAGGUUCCCACUGAAUGCCAGAAGUAGAGAUCACUACAGAUGGAGCCCCAAAGUCAACAUGGCAGCGGCGGUUCACUAGUGGUGAUUCAGCAGCCCUCCCUGGACAGCCGGCAGCGGUUGGACUAUGAAAGAGAGAGCCAGCCAACAACUAUCUUGUCGCUGGACCAGAUCAAGGCGAUCAGGGGCAGCAACGAAUACACCGAAGGUCCAUCUGUGGUGAAAAAAUCUGGUCCGCGGACAGCACCGAGGCAAGAGAAGCAUGAGAGGACUCACGAAAUUAUACCAAUUAAUGUGAAUAAUAAUUACGAACACAGACCCAGUCAUGUGGGGCACGUGGCGCAUCAGCAUAACGCGCGGGCUCCCGUCUUGAGCAGGUCGACCAGCACGGGGAGCGCGGCUAGCUCUGGGAGCAACAGCAGUGCUUCCUCCGAGCAAGGACUGCUGGGGCGGUCGCCUCCAUCCAGGCUGGGCUCGGGCCACAGAUCCGACCGGACAAUCCGGACGCAGCCCAAGCAGUCGUCUCUGAUUGUCGAUGAUCUGAAGGGUCCUUUGAAAGAGGACUUGACGCAGCACAAGUUUAUCUGCGAACAGUGUGGGAAGUGCAAGUGUGGCGAGUGCACGGCCCCGAGGGCCCUCCCCUCUUGCUUGGCCUGCAACCGGCAGUGCUUGUGCUCUGCGGAGAGCAUGGUGGAGUACGGCACCUGCAUGUGUUUGGUCAAAGGGAUCUUCUACCACUGUUCUAACGACGAUGAAGGGGACUCUUACGCGGAUAAUCCCUGCUCUUGUUCCCAGUCACACUGCUGUUCUAGGUACCUGUGCAUGGGAGCGAUGUCCUUGUUUCUGCCUUGCUUGCUCUGCUACCCUCCGGCGAAAGGAUGCCUAAAACUCUGUCGAGGGUGUUACGAUCGCAUCAAUCGUCCAGGUUGCCGAUGCAAGAACUCCAACACGGUCUAUUGUAAACUGGAGAGCUGCCCCUCGCGGGGUCAGGGCAAGCCCUCAUGAUUUUUGGAGGGAGGUUUACUUCUUCCAACUUCAGUUUUUCAGGUUGUAGCUGAUUUGGGUUUUUCCCUUUCCUUUCUUUUUUUUGUUUUUGUUUUGUUUUGUUUCCCUUUCCCCAGUUUGGGGGAGAGGGGGCUGUUCUUUUGCUUUCCCUUCUGUCUCCCCAACUUAAAAUACACAAGCUCUUUGCAUCUUUGCUCUCCUCUUCCUAUUGACUUGGCUGAAUGUGGAGUGUUUUCCAUAGCCGUUGCUGCUCUUUGGUAAGUGUGGACCUGGUAUCUGCAUCUGCCGCUCACUUUGGCAGGGUCUUUUGAGUUUGUAACUGAACCACUCCUGAAAGAGACAGUGAGGGCUCACUGGACUCUUGAAGCUUCUUGCUCUGUGAAUACCUUCCCAAAGAUGUUUUUCAUUCUUGGCAUUUAUAUGUUUGGGUUUUUUCCUUAACUCCCCUGGGUUCCAAGGAGGAGUAACUUUCAUGAGUGAGCUGGAUUGUGAAAUAACUUUUUGUGUGUGUUCUUUUGGAGAGGGAUGUAAAAUAAAGGCUUUACCAAAUGAAAGGCCUGACUCUUCUAUAAGCAGCCUGCUUUUCCCGCCCCCCCCCCCCCCCCCCUCUUUUUCUUUGUCUAUACUUUUGGAACAUUCUCAGUCCUGAGAAUUACUCUGCCUCCCUUUUUUUAAGUUUUCGAUGUAACUUCAGUUUUUGCUACACUAUGUAGAUCUUCACAUUGGAGACAUUAUGGCUGCAGCGUACUCAUUUAUUUCUUUUGCUGUCAAGUCUUUGAAGGAUAUUGCUCACUCCACCCUCUUACUCCUGUUUUUGUAGUCUUACCAGUAUCAGUUGAUAUUAAAAUUGGUGGUGUUCAUGUAUCCAAACAGCCUUCAGGUGUCAUUGAGUCACCUAAAUGCUCUUGAAUCCUUUGAGUUUCUUGUGAUCCUUUGCUUUAGUGAAUUUAGCUCUGCUCUGUACUUCAUAAUUUUAUUCUGUCCCUGUUUUAUUGCCUUAGCCACAAAUUGUGGUCCUUUUUUGUAUAUUUUAUGUAUAAAACACAAAGUUGAAUCCCAACUAUUUUUAAGACAAAAGUCUGUUAAAACUUUUUUUUAUUGUAAAGAAUAUUUAUUAUGUGAAUCUCUAUUAUUUUAUGAUAUUUAUUACAAAAGACUUUGAAAAAUGUACUCAUGUCUGAAUAUAACAAAAUAUCAAUACUUAAUGAAAUAAGGAUGACACGAAGAAAGUACAUAUGUUAACUAUAAUGCAGAAAAUAUAUUAAUUAAUGAAAAUGGC